AUGUCAACAACAACGAGAGUGGGCAGCAACGCCUGCUUCGGCGGCUCCUGGCAGCGCUACAAGCACGACUCCGAGUGCACGAAGACGCCCAUGGCCUUCUCGGUCUUCGUGCCGCCGGCGGCGACGCCGGAGGCGCCGGCGCCCUGCAUCUUCUACUUGAGCGGCCUCACGUGCACGGACGAGAACUUCGUGCAAAAGGCCGGCGCGGCGCGCGCGGCCGCGGAGCGCGGCGUCGCGUUGGUGGCCCCGGACACGAGCCCGCGCGGCGCGGGCGUCGACGGCGAGGACGACGCCUACGACUUCGGCUCCGGCGCCGGGUUCUACGUCGACGCGACGGCGGCGCCGUGGCGCGACAACUACAACAUGUACUCCUACGUCACGGAGGAGCUCGUCGCCGCGGUGCGGGACGCCGCGCCCGCCGUCGACGUCGGCAGGCGGUCGAUCACGGGCCACAGCAUGGGCGGCGCGGGCGCACUCACAAUUGCCAUGAAGGCUCCGGAGACCUGGACGUCCGUGUCGGCCUUCUCGCCCAUCUGCAACCCGACGAGGGUUCCCUGGGGCAAAAAGGCCUUCGAGGGCUACCUGGGCUCCGUCGAAGCCGGCGCGGCGCACGACGCGUCGGAGCUCGUGCGCAAGGGCGGGCCCUUCGCCUUCGGCGACAUCCUCAUCUCCCAGGGCGCCGACGACGACUUCCUCGUCGGCGACGUCGACCAGCUCCAGCCCGAGGCGUUCCGCGCGGCGUGCGACUCCGUUGGCCAGGGCCUCGAGCUCCGCUACGAGGCGGGCUACGACCACUCCUACUUCUUCAUCGCCACCUUCGUCGACCAGCACGUCAACUUCCACGCCGACCGCCUCCUCGCGCGGUGA